GACUGGCACGGGCUAGUGGACAUUUCCGUUUCCGUUGCUGGAUCCCUGGGUCCCAAGUGUCUCCAGCUCUGGUUGUGUUUAUGAGUUAAGUAGCUGGUAUCUAGAAAACGGGACUCUCUUCACCGCAAUGGAGUCAGCGGCGCCAGAAGCUGCAAGGGAGAUGCAAGGGGCAGAGCAGGGGGAGAACCGGACGUCAGGAUCCCAGGGAGUCCUGGGGUCCCCCUUCAGUUGCGGAGUUGUUACACCCAAUCGGCCCUUCUUGAUAUGGCCCGGGCAGCCGGCCGCUCGGGAAAUGAUGCUGGGCCUGCAGUACCUACGUAGGUCAGUCUCUGGCCCUGGGGAGGAAGAAGAUCCUGCCAGGACCAACUGUCCUGCUGUCCCCAAAGCCUUCGAGUGCCGGGAAUGUGGACUGACUGCAGCCUAUCUCCCUGACCUCAUUCACCACCAAAGCAGCCACGGAGGUGACAAGCCCUACUGCUGUCCAGAGUGUGGCAAAAACUUCCAACGUGGCUCAGAUCUGGUUAAGCACCACCGGGUACAUACUGGCGAGAAACCGUACCCCUGUCCCGAGUGUGGCCGUUGCUUCAGCCUGAACUCCAACCUCAUCCAGCACCGUCGCUCCCACUCAGGCCUCCGGCCCCACGAGUGUCUAGAGUGCGGGGAGGCAUUUGGCCGCAGCUCGGACCUGGUUAAACACCAACGGGUGCACACGGGUGAGAAACCUUAUGCCUGUGCGGAGUGUGGUAAGACUUUCAGCGUUAGCUACAACCUGAUCCAGCACCAGCGGACGCACACAGGCGAGAAGCCCUACCGCUGCGGGGAAUGCGGCAAGAGCUUCAGCCUCAGCUCUAACCUGGCGCAGCACCAGCGCUCACACAUGGGUGAGAAGCCCUAUCUCUGUGCCUGGUGUGGUGACAGCUUUGGGCGUAGCUCUUACCUGCUCAAGCACCAGCGUUCGCACACAGGGGAGAAGCCCUACAGUUGCUGUGAGUGCGGCAAGAACUUCACCAACAGCUCGGACUGCCUACGGCACCAGCGCACCCACAAUGGCGAGCGCCCCUUCAGGUGUCCUGAGUGUGGCCGUGGCUUUAGUGAGCGCACCCAGUUCACUGAGCACCAGCGUAUCCACAUGAGUGAACGGCCCUAUGCCUGCCCAGAAUGUGGCAAAACCUUCAACCACAGCUCCAAGCUCCUGAAACACCGGCGAGCGCACACAGGCGAGAAGCCCUAUCAGUGUCCCAACUGCAGCAAGAGUUUUGUAGACAGUUCAAAUCUGCUGCGGCACCAGCACACUCACACUGGCCAGAAGCUUUAUGCUUGCAGCGAGUGUGGCAGGAGCUUCCGCCAGAGCUCCCACCUGCUCAUCCACCAGGUGGCGCACAGCGGUGAGAAGCCCUAUGUCGGCCUGCAGUGUGGCAAGGCCUUUGCCCGCAGCUCCAACCUGGGCCAGCACCAGCGGACACACCAGGGUGGCAGCCCAUAUCCCUGGCUUAAGUUUCAGCCCCAACUUCAGCCCUGACUUGGGUCCAGACCUCAAGAGGCCUGAGCAGACUAGCACUUCUCAGCAAACCGUGUUUCUGCUCCUCUAGGGUUGCUGGUUUGUGGGCUGAAUCAGGGAACCCCAGGCUGGAGGAAUCAGAACAGAAAAUUGGACUUAGGCCUGGCCUGUGAGGCCCUGGAGACAGAAGGCCAGCUGGAGGGAGAUUUUUUGGAUGGCAAGUGCUAUCCAUCACUGGCGCAGCUGCUUCAAGAUGCAGAUACACCUUUGGCAGCUGCUGGCCAGAUCCCUUCAAAGGCCUAGGGAGGGAUGAUGCUAAUCACACCCAGAGCAACAACUACCUUGUCCCAGAGGAACAGGGCUGGACACCAGGAAAGCCCCCAUGAGGAACGCAGUGGAGAAGGGAGCGGGGUCUGGGGGCCCUAACCUCCAGAGCAGACCCUAAGGAAGGCUGUGUUGUGGCAGAAGGACCAGGCAAUUUGAAUUUGGGACUAUUAUGUGAGCUCUGGGGUGUAUGACCCCUUUGAAAGAGAACUCUUAUAAAGAACGGGGUGAAACUGGUGGGGCCCUGGGCCAAAGCAAAGGACGAGGAGACCUGUCUGUUGAUUUCAGGGGAUGCUUUGUGCCAUUUCUAGGCAGGGGCAAAAGGCCCGAGAUUAGUCAUCUACCCCUUCUUCUUCUUUAGCCUAUUACCUUGCAGGUUCCCCGGGCUCUAUCUCUGAUCCCUCAACAGGAAAAAUGGUGAAGAUUCACUUGUGCCCAGACACUGGGGAUUGGACAUGGCCCUUUUGCCUGGGCCCUGCAGAGGGCUGCCUAAAUAAACAAAUGUGUUUCUGUUGGUAAAACUUAAGCGUAUAUGGAAGCCAGAGGGAGGCUUCCUUAAGCAAUGCACAGUGUGUGCCCAGAGCCGAGUCUAAGCUGUGAGGCCCUUCUCUUUCCUCCUGGUAGCUUGCUUUGUUCCUGGGAGGGGCACAGACUGUAGCCUUUUUGAGGUUGGGGGAGGCCUACUGCCCACCCAGUGGAACCAUGAACCCCAUACAUCUGGUGCCCUGUCCCACAGUCUUGCCUUUUAUCAGGCUUGGUGCAUCUAGAACUGUACCCACAUAGAAUAGGGGCUGAAGGGAAGUAACCCCUCUCUCAGCUUCUAACAGUGUCCAGGCUUCUCUCUUCCUAUCUGUGUGACCUCGGACAGGUCUACCUCUUCUGAGCUUCAGUUUCUUCAUCUGUAAAACAGGGAUGAUGAUAGUUACCUCUCAGGAUUGUGGCAAGGGAUUCAUGGGACCACCUACCUGAAACACCCGGGUCAAGGAAAUGAUUUGGUAAAUGUCAGUUCCCCACUCUUCCUCAAGGCUCGAGCCCUUUCACUGGUGGCAUCGGUCCGCAGGCACCACAUGCUAGCACUUGCUAGCUUCUCCCAAAGGUUAUAAAAAUGAGGAAGACAGCCCCAGUCCCAGGGUAGCUUUGUGUCGCGAAGGAGAAGGACUCAGGACUGAUGCUGGCAGUGGAGAAAGAGCACUUUCACCUGGAGCAAAUAUAAGAGGCUUCCUCAAGGUGACAGCUAAUGGAUGCCACUUGUCUCCUGAAGCUGGGAGCAACACAUGCCCCAGGGCACGGGGUCCCUAAAGAAGGGAAAGCUUCUUGCAUGUUCCCCAUCAACGGCACUUCGUAGAGCACAAGUCAGGGCCAGAGUUGGAAGCCUGAGCCAGGCACAUCCACAGUAGGCGCUCAAUAAAUAGUUGUUAAGAUCAGGUCCUGUUUAUACUCUUCCGAGUGGCCUUUGGGGCUCAGCUUCCUCAGGGGUGGAUUGUAUUCUCUGCAAAAUCUCUACCUGCAGAUGGAUGUUAGGUACGUGGCAGAGGUGGGCGUGGGAGGAGGAUUUGUUUGCACAAUCCCUUUUAGUUACCUGGAAGCUAGUUUCUCAUAUUAAGAGGCGCUCUGAAAAUACUAAGGCCUGGGACGGUUGAGAGGGAGGGGAACUCAGUAAUACUGCCUCCCCUGGGCUGGCCCUUCUGCUUAGGUCAGGACAUGAGCUUGGAUUCCGUCCAGAUCUGUCUCAGAUCUCACCCAGUCUUGGGACUCAGGUUCCUCCUCUGAGCCUGGUGGGCGGUAUAGAGGCAGGUGUCGCAGAGUGGGUGUGGCCACGGUCUGGCAGCUGGCAGUCCCGCCCACCCGGAAGCUCAACUGUGACGACUUCGGUGCUUUUUGGGGAAGGGUGCUGGGGAUGCUGGAGCAGCACCUCCCGGUCCAAGUCAGAUUCCCUCCCUCCUCCCGUCCCUCGACAUUCACCAGGAGGACAGGGAUUCUGCAUUGUCUUUAUUUAAAUGGUCGAUAUUUUGUUCAUUACGCAUUUUUUUACAUUCAUUUUGAUUUUUGAAAUACCGCAUUACAAUGUUGUUUAUCUUGAUUACUGAGUUUGGAGGCGCCCCGUGAAAUUCUGUACCACAAUUCAGCGCCUCACUCGCCUUCGCCUCACUCUAAUCCCGCCUGGCCUUGCGACCCAGCCAGCCUCUUGAACCUUGCCACCCAGCGCCAUCCAGCCCCGGCCGCUCGCCACUGCCCUCUGCCCCUAGGGGGCGCGAAGUUCCGGCCUCCAGCGCGUCCUGUGCACCCUCUGCGCACAGGGAGGAGAGAGCGGCUCGGGGGCGGGGUCGACGCGUCCGCGUGAGCGCGGCUCAAAAAUCGCUGGGCUGGGGCAACUGGGUGACCCCUGGCCAAGGUGUCCUGGCCUGGCGUGGUCCCGUGGUCCCGAAAACCUCAUGCUUGAGAAGAGACCGCCUCUAGCCAUUCCUCUCAUGUUCUAGUUAGGGACUGGGAUGGGGUUCCUAUGCAGCGCUCUGUGGUGUGCUCACUGCUCUUACCGUUUCGGCCCUUCUUGGGAAGGCUAGGGGACGGGGGCGCGUUUUCUGGGGAGGUGAGAAGCUAACUGGGCGGCCGGGGGUGGAGCGUCCCCUGCCAGAGGCUGGGUAAGGAUGCUUGAGACCCUCCACAUCCGGGUCUCCGGGGCUUCGGGGGCAGGGGUCAACGCACUUCCCGCUCCCAGGACCCCCUGCGGGAGACUACAUUUCCCAGCAGGCCCCUCGGAGGCUGCCGGCCGCGGACCGGCAGUGGCGCCCCUCUCGGAACAGGACGUGGAGCAGAGAAAAAGUGGGGAAAAAAUGUUACUCUAUGAGAAUUUCAGACGGCAGAGAAGUGCUUCAUAGCAUCACCCAUGGAGUUUCCAGACUUGCUACCCCAGCCCUUGAUUCCUUGUUCUCCCCUAGCACAGCACCUCCAACUCAAGUCCCGCCAGGUACCACAUCCUAUUCGCCUACUUUAGAAAGUUUUCUCAACUCUGUCUUCCCUCUGUUGCCAGUUCUACUGCCUUAAGUGCAAGUCCUUGCCAUCAUCUGCCUAGAUUAUUGCAGUAGACUCCUUUUCAGUCUUCUCUGCUUCCAGCCUCUGCAUUCUGGUUCAUCGUACAUAUAAUCCAUCAGUGACAGUACUCGCUUAAACCCCAGACUCCAACAUUGAAUCUGAUGUCACUCCCCUGCUUAAAAGCAUCUGUGCCCACCCUAACCCCCCAACAUGGCUUACAGAAGAGAGUUCAAAUGCUUCAACGUGACCUACAUGUCUUCUCAGUCUGGCUCUGCCCUACCUCUGCAGCUUUACUGGCCACAGCCUUUCACACCUCUGUUUUUGUACUUAACUUUAUUUCCAACUGCCCAGAAUGCCCUUCCCCCUUUUCUGUUACCUAAACUUGUCCUACUUAUUAUGUGAGCCCCCAAAGCCUUCCCACAGUCCCCUGUCACACCUGGGGUGGUAACUGCUACAGCGUCAUUGAGAACCGUCGCGAAUGCCGGGUCACAUGUCUGACUUCCCCGUAGAUGGAGCUCCAUAAGGGCAGAGACUCUGGCCUAGUGCCUGACUCACCGUAGGCGCUCAGUAAAUAUUAACUGAAUCAAGGAACCACUUCUGGUUUGUCAGAGUUUUUUUUUUUUUUUUUUUUUUAAUGCUAAGACUCAGGUUUCUUUCAUCCUUGUCCUCCCAAGAUACAACGCGACACACUUGGGAAGUUAACCAAAGUGACCACGAAGCUGACCACACCCAAUCGAAGUCUUCCUGGUCAUUUUACUUGCCAGUCAAUGAGAUCAUGGUUAUGUCUAUAGUGGUAACAGAGAAAAGCAACUAAAGACAAUGCUGUUUACUUGGAUCCAGUGCACUUCACCGGAAGUGGUUCCUUGCAUUGUAAGGAUGAGAUUAUCACAAAUUGCAAGGAUGGUCUCAUCAAAUUUUCAGCAUCAUCAGUGAUAGUACAGAAGGGCCUUCAAGUGUAUUGUCAAUAAUCAGCAUUUGCAGUGGCAAAAUAGUGGUUUAGAAAAUAUCUGAGAUUAAUAAGUCAUCAUUUUAAGGCCUCUUUACAUACUAGUUGGUCUAGUGAACACAGCACUUGGAUGUGAGAUGUAGGGCUCAUAUGGGAGCAGCAAUUUCAAACUCUGGCAGGUGGUCUAGCCACAGUCUGGCCUUGAGUUACACCAGCCACAAAGCCAACUAAGCACAAGUGUGCCUGGCUCAGCUAAAGUCUUCUGUGUCCCCAGCAUUAGAUACGUAUUUCAGAUAAAUCAGGUAACAGCAUAUAGAUUUAUUUUGAUGAAUAACACUGUACUAUUAUGAAAUGGAAGAAGAAAAUAAAAAUACAAAGACUCAACCUAUUAAAUCCUUAGCAAGUUGGA